AUGGCAUACAUCUGGCUGCUGCUGUUGUCUUCAGUGGCCUGUGUACCCGAGAAGCACAAGAGGUCCCCCCUGAACCAGCUGACCCGGACCCUGCUGCGGGGCUACGACUCGGGGGUCCGGCCCGUGCAGAACUGGACCAGCCCAACCGUGGUCUACAUAGACCUCAUCCUGCAGUCCAUCCUCAACGUGGAUGGAAAAACCCAGAGCCUUACCACAUGUAUUUGGUACAGACAAAUCUGGACAGAUGAGUUCUUGGUGUGGGAUCCUGAGGAGUUUGAUGGAAUCACUGAGAUCUCGCUGUUGUCAGAUGCCAUCUGGGUACCUGAUGUUAUCGUCAGUGAAUUCGUGGAUGAGGGAAAGUCCCCUCCUAUCCCCUACGUCUACGUCAACUCCUCUGGGCUCGUGAAGAAUUACCGGCCCAUCCAGGCUGUGCUGGCCUGCAAACUGGAGCUAUACGCCUUCCCGUUCGACAAGCAGAACUGCACCCUCACCUUCCGCAGCUGGCUCCACUCAGUGCAGGAACUAGACCUGGCCCUGUGGAGGAGUGCCGAGGCCAUCGCCAGCGAGCAGACAGAGUUCAUGAACGACGGGGAGUGGGAGCUGCUGUCCAUCCCCUCUCACUACUGGCAGCUCCAACAGGCUGGGGGGGAAUACGCUCACAUUCAGUUCAAUGUGCUGAUCAGGCGACGGCCGCUGCUGUACGUGGUGGGUCUACUCAUCCCCAGUAUCUUCCUCAUGUUGGUGGAUGUCAUGAGCUUCUACCUGCCCAUCAACAGCGGCACACGCGUCACCUUCAAGACCAGCACUCUCCUGGGAUACACCGUCUUCAGAGUCAACCUGAUGGAUGAGCUACCUGCCACCGCAGUCACUACUCCGCUCAUAGGGGUGUUCUUUGCGGCCUGCAUGGCCUUGCUGAUGCUGAGCCUUGCCAAGUCCAUCCUGGCCAUCAAGCUGCUGCACCACGGGGAGACGGAGGUGCGGCAGAUGUCGGUGUCGGCCCAGCUGCUGGACCGCUACGGCUCCCUGGGCCAGAGCUUUGCCGAGAGCAUCUUCACCACCGCCUCCACCAGGACGCUGGAUGACCUCGCCCUGCAGGCGUCAGGAAGCUUUGGUUUCGACCGCCUCCCGCCCCGAGAGAGUCCCGUGCUGUCCCUGGAGGAUCUGUGGGAAGGUCUGAGCUCCAGGCUGGACUGGAUCCUCCAGGACCUGCUCUGCCUGCGCCUCGCCCUCGCCGAGGGGGAGAGCGAGGACGUGGCCCAGGGCAAGUGGCUGGUGCUCUGCUCCAAGGUGGACCGUGUCCUGUUCCGGGUGUACCUGUUCAUCCUGGUCCUGUACACCUCCACUCUGGUGCUGCUCUGGCUCAGCUGGGGCCUGGCCUGA